AUCAGUUCUAGUGGUGAAAGGAGUCUGCUGAAUUCCAGAGAAAAGGACAUCAAUGUUCAGAACUCUACGUCAGAUUCCCCCUUCCUUGUGAGGAGAUUAAGAACAGAUUCCGAUUCCAGUGCAAUGUCAAAAUCAAAACGAAACAUACUUCUUUUCACCAGCCAGUCCGAUUUCGGGUCCCUUGCAAUGAUCAACAUAAGUGUUCAAGACAUUGAUGCUGUUGAAAGUGUUGGGUCCGCGAACAAGUCAAAGAAAUGCUGCUUUUAUAUUAAAAAGGCUUUGUCAUCCCUCGACUUCUCACUGUUCAAGAAACCAAUGUUUCGACUUAUCACCAUUGUGGCUUUUUUCAGUGUCCUUAUAGGCGUCGUUCCAGUGUAUAUUCCUGCUUUGGCGAAAGAGAAGGGUUUGGAUCAGACGGAUGCAGCUCUGUUCUUAACAGUUGCUGGUGCAGUUGACUUCUUUUGCAGGCUCCUGGCUGGGUUCCUGAUUGAUCUGGGACAUAUCAGUGCCCACACCGUUAUGGCUAUUGGGUUAGCCAUUGCUGGAACAUUGACGCAGUUCACUUCCUUCUACAACUCUUACGCUUUAAUGAUGAUGUUCACUGUGACAAUGACUAUGUUUUCCUGUUCAUAUUUUGCCCUGAUUAACGUGGCAAUAAUUGAUUUCAUGGGACUGGACUACCUUGGAAAGACGUUGGGAUUUGUGUCCUUGUUUCAUGGAAUGUCCAUAGCUAUAUGUCACCCUAUUGUAGGGAGUAUUCGUGACGCAACAGGGUCAUACACCUGGGGGUUCAGCUUCAUGGGAGCUUGUGCCUACGUCGGUGCCGCCUUGCUACUCAGUACACCUCUAUACAAGAAAUGUUUUCUGAAGAAACCCAAUGAAGACAGAUGCAAUGACGUAGCAGAGUAACUCCUAACAGACACCUAUCUCAUCCAGACCAUGCUCCUGCUUGCAGCUUCAAGGAAAUUUAAGAAGUCGCAGAUUAACAUCACAUAACGAAAGAAGUGCAAAUAUUUGCUGUGUUCCCUCACAGCAGGUCUUUGGGAAUGAUAUGAAUACAUUAAUAAUAUGACAGCAGAAAUGUAACAGCAACCAGUAGACUUUCGCUAAGGUGAAGCUGUUUAGAAAGGUGUCUAAAAGUAUCGUCGAAUUUAUGAUGGCAUUCCUGAGUUUGCCUUCAACUUUCUUGAAGAUAAAUAAAUGUGUGAAAUGUA